AUGGGCGUCAGAGCUCCUUAUAAUGGACUUCUUUACGGUUCAAUCGUUUUCAUCAUCCUUAUUGUCCUCACAGCCAUUAUCCUCGGAAUAGUUUUCCGUAAGGGUCAGACCUGCUACGCAAUCAACUUUGCUACAAUUUUAUAUGUUAUGGCUUGGAUCAUGUGGAUAUGCGUAUAUCUUUGCCAGAUGUUCCCAUUAAUUGUUCCACAGAAGACGAAACCAUAA